CGUAGAGCGUCACAAGGCUUCUAACGUUCAUUUUUCUUCUUCUUUUUAUUGAUUUUUAUUUUCCUCUCUUUCACCAAAAUCGAAGCUCCAUUUUUCCAUCAACUAUAAACCAAUAUCCAGUUUUUAUUUUCCAGUUUUAGUCUAUUCCUUGAAAGAUUUCUUCAGUUUUUUUGCUCUAUGGAGGUUGCAAAGAAUUCCAAACUGGGAACUCCUAUGAAAGACACAGAAAGGAAUUCUCGAUCAAAAACACCAAAGGGUUCAAAAUUUUCUGAGAAUUCGAAUCCAAAUAUUUCUGGUUCAACUUCCCCAAUAACAAAAUCUUCAAAAUCCCAGAAAUAUUCUUCCAAGAAUCCAGUUAUCUAUUCACAAAGUAACAAGCUUAUGGAAAGAAAGUUUGUAGUGGCUAAGAAGAACUCGAAGAAAGUAAGGUCUAAUUCGAAUCCAACGACGGUUGGGAUUAAUUGCAAAUGUAAAGAGAAGCUUGGUGGGAAUUCGAAGAAGUGUUUAUGUGUUGCUUAUGAGAAUCUGAGAGCAUCUCAAGAAGAGUUUUUCAGGAACAAAGCUGAAACUGAAGCAGAAGAAGAGGGUAAAGAGACGAGAGAUUUGAUUGAGAAUCUUAGAGAAGGGUAUGGAUCAGAUAAUCAAGAGAUUGAAAACUUGAGUCAACCAGGUAGUUCUACUAUUAAGAGAAGGAGAGAUAAGUUGAUGGAAGAAGCAAGGAAUAGUGUUCCUGAAUGUGGAAAGGUUUUGCAUUUGGUUAAGGCUUUUGAGAGGCUUCUUUCGAUACCGGAUUCAAAGGAAUCAGAUAAGGAGGAAGAUGAUGAAAAGGAACCAAAAGAAGACAAGAAUGAUGAUGAUAACAACAGGCAGAAACCACUGAAAUGGGCGUUACCUGGAUUGCAAACAAUAAACUUGACUGAGGUUGACGCUGAGAAUGAAGAUGAGACCAAGGAUUCUUCAUCAUCAUCAUCUUCUUCUUCUCCUUCAUUUUGUCCAUCAGAUUUUAUUUUGACUGCCGAGAAUCUUGGUUUGGAUCCAUGUUUCUCAGUUUCUUCUUCAUGGGAUAGCAGCCAAGGAAGUAUUUCAAGUAGGACCUCUAAUGGAGGUCGAAGAAGCCGAAGAAAUAGCUCUGAGUCUGUUGGGACAAUUGGUGGGAGGAGAUGGAAAAAGCAGCUUAAACCAACUUCCUUAAAACCAUUCAAGCUAAGAACUGAGCAAAGGGGGAAAGCCAAGGAAGAAGAGUUCAUGAAGAAGAUACAAGAAAUGAUGGUAGAACAAGAGAAGCAGCGGAUUCCGAUUGCUCAAGGCCUCCCAUGGACAACCAAUGAACCGGAGAUCUUGAUCAAACCUCCUGUUAAAGUGAACACAAGACCAGUAGAUUUAAGAUUGCAUAGUGAUGUACGAGCGGUGGAGCGCGCGGAGUUUGAUCAUCAGGUAGCUGAGAAGAUGAGUCUAGUAGGGCAAUAUAAAAUGGAAAGGGAGAGACAGCAGAAGAUGGCAGAAGAAGAGGAAAUAAAGAUGCUUAGGAAGGAGCUCAUUCCAAAAGCACAACCUAUGCCUUACUUUGAUAGGCCUUUUAUUCCUAAAAGGUCAUCAAAGAAUCCAACUAUACCGAGGGAGCCAAAGUUCCACAUUCCACAGCAUAAGAAGGUAAAAUGCUUCGUGUCAUGGAAUGACAUGAGCCCAUACACUUUCCAAGGGAAUGAAGCAAGAGAAAUAUAGGGGUUUUUUCCUUUUUUUUUAAAAAGUGAUUCUUUCAUUUGUUAUUUCAUUUACAAAAUAAUGUCAAUCCUUCUCUCCCCCUGAACAUUUUGUACAUAAGCAACCAAAUUGGUUGCAGUAAUCAUUUUGUUUGGUGGAAGUGAAGUUUCUCUUUCUAAUGAGCAACUAAAUUUGUGGCUUUUAAUUCUUUAAAAGCCUUGCAUAA